AAGUCAUUGAAAUAAAGCGAAAAGGGUUUAUGAUGUUCAUUGGUUGGUUAACCUGUCACUGAAAAAAAAACGCUGUUUACAUAAUUUUGGAAGUGUCUACACGCUAAUUAUGGAUAAAUAAGCCUAAAGAUCCGGGUCAUCCGAGGAAAGUUUUGCGUGUGAAGAAAUAGGUGUAAAACCAGAAAGAGGCGCUAAUUGGAGAGUGAAGCCUUAUUUUUUUGGUGGUGGUCCGCCGACACGCUCGGCAGUCCGACCGUGGCUCGUGUGCAAGUGCUUGGGUGUGCUGUGUUGCCGUGUCCCCGGCGCGGGCGUGAGGCGGCGCGGGAGAUGCCACCGACAUGAAGCUCGUGGCUAAACUGUUGCUGGGGGCUUGUGUGGUGUGCGUGCUUGGCUUGCUGGUGUUCUCCGGGCGAGUGCCGCUGCCCCCGCUCCUGCCCCAGAAGAUGGCUAGCACUCCUAAAACUUCAUUCGAUUGGAAGAAGGCAGACUUGUUUGCUGAGCCUGUUCCCGUUGGCAUCGACAAGGUGAAGGAACUCGUUGAAGUGAAGACGGCCACCUUGAAAGUGCAGGUGCCGGGGCAGGAGGGAGCGUGGGAGGUGUUCUACCGCGAAGCACGGCCUCCGAGCGGUGUCAUGCGCACCAACGUCUCCGUGCUGCUGCUGCACGGCCGCAGCUUCACGUCGGAGACGUGGCUCAAGCUGGGCACGCUGCACGUGCUUCCCGCGCUCGGCCACCGUGCCGUGGCCGUCGACCUGCCAGGCUACGGGAACACCAAGGUGGCCUUCAGCGGGGACAAGGCUGCCUUCCUCUGGCAGCUGUGCGAACAGCUGCAGCUGCAGUCGUCGGGCCUCGUGGUCGUGUCCCCCUCCAUGAGCGGGCAGUACUCGGUGGGAUUCCUGGCCGCCCACUGGCGGAGCCUGGCCGGGUACGUGGCCGUCGCGCCCGUCGCCACGGACAGCGUGCCAAGCAGCGUUCUCGCUCUCGUCCAGACCCCGACGGUGAUCCUGCGCGGGCAGAAGGACCAGACGGGGCUGGCGGAGGCGGCCGCGGGGAACCUGGGCGUGCUCCCGGCCAGCGUGGACGUGUUGUUCGAGGGCGCGGGCCACGCUUGCUACCUGGACCAGCCCGACCGCUUCCACCGCCUGCUGCACAACUUCGUGACCUUGCUGCUGCAGCAGCGCAACUGACCCUGCGUGUCUGCAGACGUGCUCCCGAUCGGCUGUGCAUGGCACGCAGCGGCCGUCGACACUGGCGCGGGCCUGUUCCCGCACGGAUGUCAGUGGAAAGAUUUCACAAGCCGGUGGUUUUUGUAACAUAAGGAUGAUGUGGACUGUUACUUUCAACAGUGUAGGUCAUAAUUAAAUUUCAGUCUUUCGAACAUUGUUUUACGUGAAGAAAUGAUUUUACCGUUUUACACAUCCACCCGAACAAGACAACAUCUUACGAAGGAGCACCGUAGCAAAAAAGGUCUUCAUUGUUUAGAAAAAAAGCCGAAACUUGUAACUCUAUUAAAAUCUUUAUUCUGAAAUGAAUUUACUAUAUAAUACAUUAGAACUCUGUUAAAAUGGUGCUGCCUAUUAUGUUUUUUCCUUUUUACGUCAUAUUUUUUUUUAAGUCCUGACAUUUUCUCCAAUGAAGACAGUGUAUUUACAUCCUGUGUAUAUUAUGUAUAUCUACAUUUUUAUGUUCACAGUUGUGUGUCUCGUGUUCCUUUUGGAAAACAAAGUAACAAAUUCUUCUA